ACCAUUCCGAUUCGGCGAUUUGAUUCCCUAUCCCUGCGCUGCCCACCUCCCCUUUCCCGCCUGGCCCUCCCAUUCACUUGCCCCCUUUUUUCCCUCUCCCGACCUCCCAAUUCCCGAAAUCACCCCCGACACUCCCCACCCAAGAACCCCUCGUCCCCACCUCGCCAUGGGCAGCGCCGCCGCCUCGCCGCCGCCGUCCGGGAAGCUGACGCAGGAAGAGCUGAAGCGCGUGGCGGCGCACCGCGCGGUGGAGUUCGUGGAGCCCGGCAUGACGCUGGGCCUGGGCACGGGCUCCACGGCGGCGCACGCGCUGGACCGCCUGGGCGACCUCCUCCGCGCGGGCGCGCUGCCGGGGGUGGCCGGCGUGCCCACCUCCCUCAAGACGGAGGCCCACGCGGCGCGCGCCGGGAUCCCGCUGCUCCCGCUCCCGGGCGCCAGGAUCGCGCUCUCCAUCGACGGCGCCGACGAGGUCGACCCGGACCUCAACCUCGUCAAGGGCCGCGGCGGCUCGCUGCUCCGCGAGAAGAUGAUCGAGGGCGCCGGCGCCCGCUUCGUCGUCAUCGUCGACGAGUCCAAGCUCGUGCCGCGCCUCGGCUGCACGGGCGCCAUCCCCGUCGAGGUCAUCCCCUUCGGCGCGCUCCACACGCUGGGCCUCAUCCGCGGCCUCUUCGACGGAUUGCCUGGAUUCCACGCCAGGCUGAGGACUGUCCCCGCCGCUCCCGCCAAGGGGGGAGAAGACUCGGACUCGGAGUCGGAGCAGCCCUUCGUCACCGACAACGGCAACUACAUCGUCGAGAUGUUCUUCGAGGACGGCAUCCGCGGCGACCUGCGCGACAUCAGUGACCGCCUGCUCCGGAUCACCGGCGUCGUAGAGCACGGCAUGUUCCUGGGCAUGGCCACCACCGUCAUCGUCGCCAACAAGGACGGCACGGUGUCAGUCAUGGACAGGAAGAAGUAGCAGUAGUAAUCUACAAGCAGUAGCCUGUUCUUCGAAACAGCGAUCGCCUGAUCACCGGCAUGUUCCUUGACGUGGCCACCACCACCAUCGUCGCUGCCAACAGCGACGACAAGAAGUACUAAUAAUUUUGCAAGUAGCCUGUGUCUGUGCAACACCCAGCUACUCUUAUCUAAGUUGGAGUUGUAUCGUGUCCGUGCGUUAUCCUCAUAUGCUGAGUGUCUGCAGGAGUAUGUUAAUCAUCAUCCUGGUGUUAUUAUCGUACCUUGCUACCAGUGACUCUCAUGCUAUUUAUUAAACAAGCUAAUUUUGC